AUGGUGGCCCUGAUUGGUUACAAUUCUAAACAUGCAGCUGAGGCGACAGUUUUGAGUGCAAUUCAAAAUGAGAUAGAUAGACUUGACCUAGAGGAGGUUAGGCAUAAGAUUUCAGGACAUAUUGAGGAUGAUCAAAAAAAACAAAAAGAACGUUACGAUAAAAGUCGACGCAAUGCCACCCAGUAUAACGAGGGUGACUUGGUCAGCGUAUUGAUAACGAGUAUACCAUCUACGGGAACUAGCCAUAAGCUACAUGCAAAAUAUAAGGGACCUUUUCGAGUUACGAAAAAAUUAUUCAACGAUCGAUACGAAGUUGAAGACUUACGAGAAGGCUUCAAACGGAAGCGAACUGUUGUAGCUGCAGACCAGGUCAAGGCAUGGGUGACCCUAAUAAACGAUAAUUAG